AUGUCGAAAGAAGCAAAACUUUCUCGAAGUUUGAUUACAUCUGCCUCGAUUCCUCGUGAAGCAGAAGUUAUGUUAACUCUAAGAGCCGACGGAACGGUUGAAGACCAGUUUUUCAAAACCCCAGCUGUUAGUGGAAACGAUAACUAUGUAGCUGGAUCGAAAUAUGCGAUCUUGAAAGGGAUCGGAUACUUGUUCGGAAGUACUGAUAAUUACAAGAUUGCGAUGCUUCACUGCUGCGAAUUCGUUGAGCUCUCUGUCAGGCUCAAUCUAAAAGUUCAGAGUCAUUCGUCGAUCCUGACUGUUGUUGAACCAACGAAAUCUUACAUUCUGAUCUGUUUCGGCUCUGCACCAAAUACGGACUGCGAAAUAUUCGACGGAACUUCAGUAACUCAACUUGGCUUCCAAUCAAAUUACGAUCACUACUCUGGCUGCCUUGUCUCGUACAAUGGGACUCCAACUGCUGUCAAAAGCAAAUACAGUGGUGGAAAUCAAAAAGUCGAGAUUCUCGGAGCUUCAAGUUGGACAGAAAUUGCUGACCAUCCGGGAGUGUCCUUUGCUCAAGGAUGCGUGGAGGUUGAGAAUGGGUUUUUGACUCUUGGCGGGAAGGAUCCGUCGACUUCUGUGGACAUUUUGGACAUUCAUCUUUUACGAAACGAUGUUUGGUCGAACGUUGGGACUCUUCAAAAGGGUGUGAAAGGACCGGGAGUGAUCUCUUUUGGUCAGAAGAUUCUUGUUGUUGGCGGUGUUGAUCCAGAUGGAGCUGAAGUAGAAUCACUGCAAUGGGAUGGCAACAAUGUGACAAGCAGUGAGAUUAUUUACAGUCUGACAGAGGCUUCUACACGACCGAUGGUAUUUAGGGCGUCAAGUGGCAUGUGUCCUCCUUAG